AUAUUAGCACUGUCACUCUACUCCUGCCACAUUGUUUUCUUUCCCAAUUCUAAGCCCUCUCAUUCAAAAACCAAUUCAAAAAAUUAGGGUUUGGAUCAAUUUUUCGCCCACAUUUAUCAAGAUUAAAGAAGAUAAAAAUGGAGUCUUCAGCUUUAGAUAACCUAAUUGAAAGGCUAAUUGAAGUCCGAUCAGCCAAACCGGGUAAACCCGUUCAGCUUUUAGAGUCCGAAAUCAAGCAGCUUUGUGUUGCAGCUCGUGAUAUCUUCUUUAAUCAGCCUAAUCUUCUUGAACUUGAAGCACCCAUCAAGAUUUGUGGGGAUAUUCAUGGGCAGUACAGUGAUCUGUUACGACUCUUUGAAUAUGGUGGUCAUCCUCCUCAAGCAAAUUAUCUAUUUUUAGGAGACUAUGUCGACCGUGGAAAACAGAGCUUGGAAACUAUAUGUCUCUUGCUGGCCUACAAAAUUAAAUAUCCAGAGAACUUUUUCCUUUUAAGGGGAAACCAUGAAUGUGCUUCUAUAAACCGAAUCUAUGGGUUUUAUGAUGAAUGUAAGCGGCGAUUUAAUGUAAAACUAUGGAAGGCUUUUACUGACUGUUUCAAUUGUCUUCCUGUGGCGGCUCUUAUUGAUGAUAAGAUAUUGUGUAUGCAUGGGGGACUUUCUCCUGAUCUUGUGAACCUGGAUCUGAUAAGGAAUUUACCACGGCCAACUGCUAUACCUGAUACUGGUUUGCUAUGUGAUUUACUCUGGUCAGAUCCAUGUAAGGAUUUAAAAGGGUGGGGAAUGAAUGAUAGAGGAGUUUCAUUCACCUUUGGUCCUGACAAAGUGUCGGAGUUCUUAGCAAAGCAUGAGUUGGACCUUGUUUGUCGUGCUCAUCAGGUUGUGGAGGAUGGUUAUGAAUUCUUUGCUGAGAGGCAGCUGGUCACCAUCUUCUCUGCUCCAAAUUACUGUGGAGAAUUUGAUAAUGCUGGUGCAAUGAUGAGCGUAGAUGGAAAUUUGAUGUGUUCUUUUCAAAUUCUUAAGCCAGCUGAGAAAAAGAACAAGUUCCCGAUGACUACAAAGAUAUGAAAAAGUUCCCAAUGACUGCAAAGAUAUGAGUGGUAAAUAAUGCUACCUACAUUUCAUUAUUGAGUCAGUAUAGGGUGUACGGGAUAAGAGACAUUGUGUAAAGGUCAAUACCUCAAUUAGGUCAUAUUUUGCAGUUACUCUGUAUUUGCAUGUGUCCUUAUUAUGAUGACAUGACCAAUGUGACAACAUGGCCAAUUUGUAAGUUGUCAUCGUGUCUUUAUGAGUCUCCGACUCCGUCCGUUUUCAACCCUUUGAAUUCUAGUAAAUUUUAUUAGGUUGCAUUUCUUUAUAGUUGGUAUCAUAUGAAGUUUUUGUGAUUUAUACAUUAUUAAUUUUGUUGCACAUUCAGUAUCAGAAGUUUAAUUC